AUGUCGGACGUUCGCGUUAACUUUGACCUAAAUGGUCCAGCGGGAGAAAACGAAACGGAAGAGGUCUUCCUCCCCCCCGCCCCUCUCCUGGCUGGUGCUCACAUCUCCGGUAUCCCAUCCUACCAUGAAAAAUACCGUAGCUCUAUCAAUGAUUCUGAAGCAUUUUGGAGAACUGUAACGGAUGAGUUGCAUUUUGAAACUCUUUCUGAUAAAGGAUUGGAAUAUAAUUUCGAUGCUAAGAAAGGAAAAAUCUUCUGCAAGUUCAUGGAUGGUGCUCGCACUAACAUUUCCUACAACUGCCUUGAAAGAAACAUACAAAAAGGCUUAGGCAAUCGGGUUGCUUAUAUUUGGGAAGGAAACGAGCCAUGUGACAACUCCAAAAUUACCUAUGCUGAGCUUCAUAAACAGGUCGUCAAUUUCUCUGCUGUUCUCCGUGCCCAUGGCGUAAAGAAAGGAGAUGUUGUUGCAAUAUAUCUUCCCAUGGUAUUGGAAUUAGCCGUAGCCAUGUUAGCUUGUGCCCGAAUUGGCGCUAUGCAUUCCGUCGUCUUUGCUGGAUUUUCAGCUGAAUCCCUUUCAGCCAGAAUGCUCGAUGCCAAAUGUCGCGUUCUCGUGACGGCUGAUGGCUUCUACCGAUCCACAAAACUCAUUGAUCUCAAGAGUAUUGUUAAUUCCGCCGUGCAGCUCUGUACCAAAGAAGACCUUACCGUUUCCUCUGUUAUCGUUGUGGAUCAUACCAAAAGGAUAACGAUACCUGCUGGAGCUCCUAAACUUGAGCCAUUCGUACAUUCCGAACAUGAUUACGUGUAUGAGGAAGAAAUGAAAAAAUAUGCUCAUAUGGAAUCACCUGUAGAAUGGAUGGAAGCUGAAAGUCCCUUAUUCCUCCUAUACACAUCUGGAUCUACUGGAAAGCCAAAAGGUAUCCAACAUACAACGGCUGGUUAUAUGACCUACAGCUACUUCACUACCAAAUGUACAUUCGAUGCUCAUCCUGAAAAGGAUGUCUACUGGUGUACAGCUGAUUGUGGAUGGAUUACUGGCCAUUCCUAUUUGCUCUAUGGACCAUUAAUGAACGCUUUGACUGGCAUCUGGUUCGAGGGAGUUCCAACUUACCCAACCCCCUCCCGCAUGUGGGAAGUUACUGAUAAGUAUAAGGUUAACAAGCUCUAUACCUCGCCAACUGCCGUCAGGGCUCUUAUGGCAUUGGGAGAUGAACAUGUGACAAGGUGCUCAAGAAAGACUCUUGAACUUCUCGGAACUGUUGGAGAACCUAUCAACCCUGCUGCCUGGAAAUGGCUCUAUAACGUUGUUGGAGAUGCCCGUUGUGCCAUUGUUGAUACUUAUUGGCAAACCGAAACUGGUGGGCAUAUGAUAGCUCCAUUGCCCGGUGCGACUCCAACGAAGCCCGGAGCUGCUACGUUCCCAUUCUUCGGAGUCAAUCCAGUGAUUUUGGAUGGGGAAGGUCGUGUUAUUGAAGGUCCCGGUGAGGGAAAUCUCUGCUUCGACCGUGCCUGGCCUGGCAUGUGCCGUGGUGUGUACGGAGAUGAAGCCAGAUUUGUAAAAACAUAUUUUGCUCCAUUCAACGGCUAUUACUUUACUGGUGAUGGAGCUCGUCGCGAUGAAGACGGCUACAUUUGGAUCACAGGCCGUGUUGAUGAUCUCAUGAAUGUGUCUGGACAUUUACUUUCAACUGCUGAAAUCGAAAGUGCUUUGGUUGCUCAUGCGAAGGUAGCUGAAGCUGCUGUGGUUGCUGCUCCUCAUGACAUCAAAGGAUCAUUCCCUUAUGCAUUCGUAACCAUGAAUGCUGGGGAACGUUUAACUAAGGAAAUUGUUGGCGAAUUGAAGAGUCUCGUUCGUACGAAAAUCGGAGCUCUUGCUGUUCCUGAUGUUAUUCAAGAGGCUCCUGGUUUACCCAAGACUCGUUCAGGAAAAGUUACUCGUCGUAUUUUACGAAAAAUUGCUGAAGGUACUGAACAUGCAAUUGGAGAUACGACUACUUUGAUUGACGAAAGCGUCAUUACCCAAUUGAUUUCGGGACGUGAUCUUCAGGGAUAA